UGAAGCCGUGGGGCGGGCGCCAGCUCACAGAGCCAUGUCCCGGGGAGCCGGGCGGGCCGGGCAGGGGCAGCCCUGGCCACGCAGGGGGCAGCGCUGUGGGUCGCUGCAGCGUCUGCCCAGUGGCCGGAGCCGGGUGCCGGGGACGCGGGCAGGGAUGGGCGACCGAUGCACCGCGAGGCGGCAGAGACGCCGGCGGCUCCAGCGCGGCUCCCGGCUCUCCGGGGGCGACGAAGCCGUGGGGGCCAAGCGCCCGCGCUGCAGCCAGGGGCUGGUGGGCACUGAGGACAGGACGGACCUAGGGGGCUCAGCCCCCAUCCUGCGCCUCCCCCCAGAACUGCUGGAUCACAUCGUCUCCUUCCUGCCGGUGCGGGACGUGGUGGCCCUGGGCCAGACGUGCCGCUCCCUGCGCCAGGCGUGCGACACCGAGGGCGUCUGGCGCCGGGUCUGCCGCCGGCUCUGCCCGCGGCUCCGCCAGGAGGGCACGGCCGGCGCCCACCCCUGGAAGAGAGCCGCCAUCCUCAACUACACCAAGGGCCUGUACUUCCAGACCUUCGGGGGCCGCCGGCGCUACCUGAGCAAGUCGGUGGCGCCGCUGCUGUCCCACGGCUACCGGAAGUUCCUGCCCACCAAGGAGCACGUCUUCGUGCUGGACCACGGCGGGACCCUCUUCCUCCUCCGCAACGCCCUGGUCGCCUCGGCCCCCGGCCACCUGCAGUGGAAACGGGCCUGCCGCUGCGUGGUGCUGUGCCGCAACGCCAAGGACUUCACCACGGACCCCCGCAGCGACGCCGGGUACCGGAAGUACGUGUACGUGCUGGCGGCGCGGGAGCCGGUGGCGGGCGCCGGGCGGGCGUGCGACUGCGUGGAGGUCUAUCUCCAGUCCAGCGGGCAGCGGGUCUUCAAGAUGACGUUCCACGCCGCCAUGCGCUUCCGGCAGCUGGUGCUGGUGGGGCAGGAGACGGAGCGGGCGCUGCUGCUGCUGACAGAGGAAGGGAAGAUUUACAGCCUGCUGGUGAACGAGACGCAGCUGGACCAGCCGCGCUCCUACACGGUGCAGCUCGCCCUGCGCAAGGUGUCCCGGUGCCUGCCCCACCUGGCCGUGCGCGCCAUGGCCUCCAACCAGAGCAGCGCCGCCUUCCUCACCGACAAGGGGGCCCUGUAUUUCGAGGUCCACGCGCCCGGCGUCUAUCGCGACCUGUUCGGGACCCUGCAGGCCUUCGACCCCCUGGAUCUGCAGAUGCCGCUGGCCCUGCCCCUGCCCGCCAAGGUCCUGUCCUGCGCCCUCGGCUACAACCACCUGGGGCUGCUGGACGAGUUCGGGCGGCUCUUCAUGCAGGGGAGCAACCGCUACGGGCAGCUGGGCACCGGGGACCGGAUCGACCGCGGGGAGCCCGCCCUGGUUCACGGCCUCAAAUGCCCCCUGGACGUCUGGUGCGGCCUGAACCACUCGCUGGCCCUGCUGCGGAGCCGGGAGCUGGGCCAGGCCGUGCUGGGCUGCGGCUGCGGGGCCGGGGGCCGCCUGCCCGGCUGGCCCAAGGGCAGCGCCACCUUCGUCAAGCUGCAGGUCAAGGUCCCGCUCUGCGCCAGCAGCCUCUGCUCCACCCGCGAGUGCCUCUACCUGCUGUCCAGCCAUGACAUCGAGGGGGGGCCGGCCUACCGCGAGCUGCCCCCCAGCCGGGCGCCCCCCCGGCCGGAGAGCCCGGGGGCCCAGGCCUGCGAGCAGUACCUCAGCCAGCUGCAGGGCUGCCCCACGCUGGCCGGCCGGCUGGCCAAGGUGAGGGAGGCCGUGGGGGCCCUGGCCCUGCCCCCCUGCCAGAAGGACUUUCUGUGGCAGGCGCUGGAGCUGAUCCGGCGCUCGGCCCGGCCCCGCACCCCCCCCGCCUGCAGCUAGCGGCUCCCCCGCAUCCCCCCCCCCCCCGCGUCCCCCCGAUCAUGGACCACGAUUGACAGACGCAGGCGCUACAAUUGGGAAGCAAUAAAGCGCCAGAGGAGAAGCCGGCGGGGUGGUCUUGGGGGGGGGCAGGACCCCCGGGGUCCCCUCCGGGGAAGACCCACGGUCCGGCCGGCCUGGUACCUCUGCCGCCCGGACCAGGCCCGGAACCAGCCUAGCAGGGCCGGCAUCACCCCGAGAGCGGAGAGGAAAGUGGGGGCGGGGGGACGCCCCCCCCAGCUGCCCCCCCCGGCCAUGCCCAGCUCCUCCGGGAGGCUCAUGAAGGUGCAGAGGGGGGAAGCGCUGGUGGCUCUGGCCCCAGACGGUGAAGCUGGAUCUUGGCCACGGCGGGGCCCCCCCGAGGCGGGCGUGGGACAGGGGGGCCCGGGCCCACCCAGCCGGCGGAAGACGGGGCUGGAGUCCCAGGAGUGGAGUCCGGGCCAGACCCGGGGACAGCCACCAGGGGGCGCAUGGAACCAGUGCACCCCCAACCCAAACCCUGGGGGCCCGGACUCCUGGGUUCUCUCCCG